AAAUCACUCACCACAUAAAGUACAAGUCCUAUCUCUUCAUAAAAUAGCCUUGAACCAAUAAAGUCAAAGUUUCUUCUCUGGUCUUUUUGUUUUGCGCAAUGGCUUCUUCUGCAAUGUCUCUCCAGUCCAUCUCUAUGACAACUCUCAACAAUCUCUCAUGUAAUCAACAAUUUCAUCGAAGCUCUCUUCUUGGUUUCUCUAAAUCCAUUCAAAAUCUUGGUAUCUCAUCUAACGGUCAAGAUUUCUCCUCUCCAUUAAGUUUCACUCCCAAGAAGAACCUCACUGCUUCUCGAGCUACUCUCUCCCAGAACGGGAAUAUCGAAAACCCUAGACCAAGCAAAGUUCAAGAACUGAGUGUGUACGAAAUCAACGAAUUAGAUAGACACAGCCCCAAGAUUCUUAAAAACGCCUUCAGCUUAAUGUUCGGUCUCGGAGAUCUUGUCCCAUUCACAAACAAACUCUACACUGGCGAUCUCAAGAAACGCGUGGGCAUCACGGCAGGUCUCUGCGUCGUGAUUGAACACGUCCCUGAGAAGAACGGUGAUAGAUUUGAAGCUACUUACAGCUUCUACUUCGGAGACUAUGGCCACUUGUCCGUACAAGGACCAUACUUGACUUACGAGGACUCGUUCCUCGCCAUCACUGGUGGCGCUGGAAUCUUUGAAGGUGCGUACGGACAGGUUAAGCUUCAACAGCUUGUGUAUCCGACAAAACUGUUCUACACUUUUUACCUUAAAGGGUUGGCUAAUGAUUUGCCGUUGGAGCUCACUGGCACGCCGGUACCGCCAUCUAAAGACGUGGAGCCGGCGCCGGAAGCUAAGGCGCUGGAGCCUAGCGGAGUUAUAAGUAACUAUACCAAUUGAUUUAUGAAAUUAGUCCUAAAUGUUUCUCGUGUCGCUGUGUGAUGAUAUAAAGAUUUGUAGUUUUGUGCUCUUAUUUGUAAUAGAAUCAUUGGGGAAUA